AUGGUGCAGUGGUGUACGCUUAUAAUCACUCAUUUUCUUGUGAUCAUUAGAUGGAUAUACCCGAGCAGGAGUUACCGCCUUCGUAUGAAUGUUAUCAAAAAUGGAAAGAGAGAAAUAGGCAUUCUGAAAAAGCAUGGCAGCGAUAAGAUUUUGAAGCCCAAACAAGAAGGAUUUCGUGGAGAAUGUGAGGUCAAUGUCUACAAGAUGCUCGAAAGGGCGUUGCGUCAGUCGACUUCCGGACAAGCGAGUGACAGUGGUGGAGGAGAUACCAAACUAGAUGGAUGGGCAGAAGUUAAUGUUCAAGACGUGAAAGGACUUGCUGAGUUGACUCCUGUCUUUUACGGCCUUACGUCUGUCAUGAUAGAUAAAGAGGAUCACGACUUCAUGAUCCUCGAGGAUGUGACAAAUGUUUACUCUCGACCUGCUAUUCUGGAUGUGAAGAUGGGCAAGAUUACUUACGAUCCUCUCGCUAAUGAAGUAAAAAGAGAGAAAGAAUUAACGAAAUAUCCACCACAGAAGAUUCUUGGAUUUAGACUGCUUGGCUACAGGAUGCAUCGCACUUCUGGCGAAGUAGUUGUCAAAGACAAAGAAUGGGGAAAAGCUCAUGACGAGAAAAAUGUCCUAGAUGGCCUUCUUGAGUUUCUCAGCGGUCGAGGUGUUGAUCCACGUUUGACGUCUGAAGUACUGACAAAAGUGAACGGAGUCAGGAAAUGGUUUGCGACUCAGAAGUCAUUCCAGUUUUAUGCGUCUUCUCUGCUGUUUGUAUAUGAAAACGAUCCUUCCAUGCCACCAAAUGUCCAAAUAGUUAUGAUCGAUUUCUCUCAUGUUUAUCCAUCAAACAAUCAACUUGAUACUAACUACAUUCAUGGUCUUGACAGAUUGUAUGCUGAGCUACAGGCAGCCCACAAUAAAUUCACAACGUUGUCGAAGUCGCAGACUUCCUAA